GGCAGUAAUGAUCUUAUGCUGCCAAUCUUAUUGUUAAUAGUCUGGUCAAAACUCUUCUGGUUUUGGUUCCGUUUACAGCUGUUGUCGCCAUUUUCAUAAAUCGUCAGUAAGUUGGUGAUAGCUAUCUAUCAUGCUAGUUACCUUUACUGUUAGAUUACUGCCUAUCGUACAUAUUUGGUAACAUUCCGGCAUGGACAAACGAGUCAAGAAGAGGACAGCCAGUACGGCUCCCCCACUUCCUCUCUCCUCUUUGCGACUAUUGGUUUCUCCCCUGCGGCUGAUGUAUUCAUUUGUAUGGCAUGUGGUGAAUCAACGCAAUGUGAUGCACUAUGGGAAGGUCGAGGAGUUUGUAACUGUGGUGACUGAAGCUGUUCCAAAGUUGCUGAGUUACAAACAGAGGGCUCAACUCAUCCUGGGCCUGAGAGCAAGGAUGAUCUUGGAGCUGUUCCGCAAGGACCCACCCAACCUUCAGGACAUCCAACGUCUCCUGGAAAAGAUGAACAUCUUUGGGCAGCAAGAUGCAGAAGUGGAGGAGUCGCAGGCUAACUUUGUGGCGCUGGUCCAAACCUUGCUGAAAAACCCUUAUGAGAGGAAGCACUUUUUCCAGGAGGAGUUCCAUACACAGUAUGGCUCCAAGUAUGACACAGCACUGCAGGCACUUGUGGGAGGCUUGGUCCUCAAACUGGAACGACUGCUAUCUGUGCCAGAUCUCUCCCAGAUAGUGUCCAUUAUCAGUGCUGCCCCCUCUGACCUGGAGGAGUGUGGACAGUCUGUGUCUGACCCUGAGCACCUGAAGAUCCUCCUCCAGCACCAGAACCUGCUAAAUAAGAAUCAGUUUGUACCUGUCACGACUUCGGUGGGUGACUGUGUGCUGUCCUCGCUGUCCUUCCGCCUCGCUUGUGGAAUGCCAUCAAUGGAGCCAGAUUUUGACGAGCCAUCAGAAUCAUUAGAAGCCGCUCUAAGCAUCAUGAACCCUGCCCCCUUCAGUAACUUGGAGGAUCUGGGAAUGAUGUCAGAUGACUCUGACCAUGCUGGAGAAGAUGAGGAUGUACUGCCAGAGAAUGCCGUGGUCUGCUCUAGUCCUCAAGGUGUUAGCGGACUAGUGGGAGGGUCACCAUCAAAAGGGGCACCAACAGUAAGGAGUAUGCUGCAAACGAUGAGACAGCAACAGCUUGUAUCACUGAUGAAUACAUCCGUCACUGAAGCCUCUCCUUCACAGACAGUCAUCCCUGCCACGGAUAACCAGCCGGGCGAGCUGACGAGUGUCGACCAGUGGGUCCCCCAUAUUGCCAGUUACACUUUAUCGCUCCAUUCCUUGCCACCCCUUCCACAAAACGAUCAUUUGGACAAGGAGAUGGAGUCGGCCGACACAGGUCUCGGGAGCAGUGUGGUGAUCGGGGGUCAGGAAACAGAGGUCGAUCUCUUUGAGAGUUCCAUUAUCCAAAGGAAGAGGGUGCAAAAGCCACUACAAGUAGCGUGCUCGAAAAAGAGAGAACCUGCAACCAACUCCUGCCAAGAGUGUGGGAAGCGUUUUCUGUCUCGGGGACGGCUGGAGGAUCACCUCCGCAUACACACAGGAGAGAAACCUUUCAAAUGCCCCGAUUGUAACAGGUUCUUCAGGACGUCGGCACUCCUGACAAACCAUAUGAAAAUUCACUCUGAUGUGCGGCCCUUUAGCUGCGACGAGUGCGGCAAAUGCUUUCGGAGAAAGGUUGGCCUUCAGAAUCACCAUCGCGUCCACACGGAUGCUAGACCAUACAAAUGCACCAUCUGUGGAAAGGGCUUCACGCAGGUACAGUACUGCAAACGACACAUGGAUUGUCAUACAAGUGAGAAUACCUAUUUCUGCACUCAUUGUCCGAAGAGCUUCCCAACCCAAUUCCAGCUGUCCUCCCACCAGCGCUGGCACACCACGGACCGCCCGUACGCCUGUGAGCAGUGUGGGUUGCGCUUCUUUAUGCCAAGCUUGUUAAAGAGACACAUGGGCUACCACAUUGGGAACCGCCAGUUCCUGUGUGCCCAGUGCGGAAGGACCUUUGUCUAUGAGUUUGACCUAAAGAGACACCAAAAAGACCAUGACCCCAGUCCCAAACUCCCCUGCCCUGUCUGCCAGAAGAUGUUUGGCAACAACAGCCUACUCCAGGCCCACGUACGCAGGCACUCUUCAGAGAAACCUUACAGAUGUGACAUAUGCGACAAGACCUUUAAAGACAGCGGGGGCCUGCGCAUACACAAGCGUGGGCUGCACUCGAACGAACGCCCUUACAGCUGCGACGAGUGUGGGAAGACCUACAAACUCCACACGCACCUGAGGGAGCACAAGUUUAAACACACAGGGGAGGGCCACAGCUGUGGCCAGUGUGGAAAAGCCUUCAGGUACCUGCGUCUCCUGAAGUUGCACGAGCGCUCGCACUCCGAGCCAUCAGAGCUCACGCUGCGAAACAGUCACACCAGCCAUCGUAGGAGGCUAUCCUCCAAAAGGAGUUGAUUUUCUCACAUGUUCACACCUUUCACUGUGGCUACAGUAAUAUACAACAGUAUUCAAGAGAACAUGGUUUUAACCUGUUGACUUGGAUCAGGAUUGGGGGUCAAUUACUUUUUAAUUCAGGAUCUUCCUAUUAGAAAAUAAUUUCAGUUACUCCAACCCUGAUUUGGGUAGUCUCAUGGCUUCUCCCACAGUAUAAUCACCAGAGUGAUUCAGAUUCAAUAUUUAAUAAUCACAUGUACAGGGUUGCAGGUGUAAUUGCGGAUACAGUGAAAAUCUUAGGGUCCAAAACUUCAAGAGUGUAGUUCUUCAAUUUGUGCUUCUUGUUCUAUUGCAAUGUUCUUGUUUAAUUAAAAAGCUUAAAGGCUA